CGCUCACGUGACCCUUGCUCAUGGCGGCGGCGCUGGCGGCAGCGCUGGCGGCGCUCGGCGGCCGGAGCCGGAUCCUGUAAGCCGGGUGUGGGCCCGCGUCAGUCCGUCCCUCCUUUCGGCCUCCUCCUCUCUUCGUCUUCCGGAGUGUGUGCGGCUGGCGGAGCCGGGAUGGCGGAGCGAGGCCUGGAGCCGGGACAUCACACAGAAAGGAUAUGAAAAGAAAAGAUCCAAACUCCUGUCUCCUUACAGCCCGCAGACACAAGAAACCGAUUCAGCAGUACAGAAAGAACAUAGAAACCAGACACCUGCUCCAUCUGCAGCUCAAACUUCCGCCCCUUCUAAGUACCACCGGACUCGCUCUGGAGGAGCCCGGGAUGAACGAUACCGAUCAGAUAUCCACACGGAAGCAGUUCAGGCUGCACUGGCAAAGCAUAAAGAACAGAAAAUGGCUUUGCCCAUGCCAACCAAACGGCGGUCCACGUUUGUCCAGUCUCCUGCCGACACCUGCACCCCUCCUGACACGUCUUCGGCCUCUGAGGAUGAGGGCUCUCUGAGACGCCAAGCUGCGCUCUCUGCUGCCUUGCAACAGAGCUUACAGAAUGCCGAGUCCUGGAUCAACCGUUCAAUUCAGGGAUCGUCCACUUCUUCAUCUGCAUCUUCCACGCUGUCCCAUGGAGAGGUCAAAGGAACCACUGGGUCUCUAGCUGAUGUAUUUGCCAAUACUCGAAUAGAGAAUUUCUCUGCUCCCCCUGAUGUCACCACAACUACCUCUUCCUCCUCCUCAUCUUCCUCCACACGACCAGCAAAUAUUGACCUGCCCCCCUCGGGGAUAGUGAAAGGCAUGCACAAAGGAGCCAACAGGUCCAGCCUUAUGGAUACAGCUGAUGGUGUUCCUGUCAAUAGUCGAGUAUCCACAAAAAUCCAGCAGCUUCUCAAUACUCUGAAACGACCCAAAAGACCUCCCUUAAAGGAAUUUUUUGUGGAUGAUUCUGAAGAAAUUGUGGAAGUACCUCAGCCAGACCCCAACCAGCCCAAGCCCGAGGGGCGGCAGAUGACGCCUGUGAAGGGAGAGCCCCUGGGAGUCAUCUGCAACUGGCCACCUGCCCUGGAGUCUGCCCUGCAGCGCUGGGGCACCACGCAGGCCAAGUGCUCCUGUCUGACUGCGCUGGACGUGACAGGCAAGCCCGUGUACACUCUGACCUACGGAAAGUUGUGGAGCAGAAGUCUCAAGUUGGCCUAUACUCUGCUUAAUAAAUUGGGCACCAAAAAUGAACCUGUGUUAAAACCUGGAGACAGGGUAGCCCUGGUUUACCCCAACAAUGAUCCAGUCAUGUUUAUGGUGGCUUUUUAUGGCUGUCUCUUGGCUGAAGUGAUUCCAGUGCCUAUAGAGGUACCUCUUACCAGAAAGGAUGCCGGAGGUCAGCAGAUUGGCUUCUUGCUAGGAAGCUGUGGUAUUGCCUUAGCUCUUACCAGCGAAGUCUGUCUGAAAGGGCUGCCAAAAACCCAGAAUGGAGAAAUUGUACAGUUUAAAGGUUGGCCCCGGCUCAAAUGGGUUGUAACAGAUUCCAAGUACCUUUCAAAGCCACCUAAGGAUUGGCAGCCCCACAUAUCACCUGCUGGUACAGAACCAGCAUACAUUGAGUAUAAAACCAGCAAAGAAGGGAGUGUAAUGGGAGUUACAGUGUCCCGGCUUGCAAUGUUGUCUCACUGCCAAGCUUUGUCACAGGCCUGCAAUUAUUCUGAAGGAGAAACAGUAGUAAAUGUUCUAGACUUUAAGAAAGAUGCUGGACUAUGGCAUGGCAUGUUUGCGAAUGUAAUGAAUAAGAUGCAUACCAUUAGCGUACCCUACUCUGUUAUGAAGACUUGUCCUCUCUCUUGGGUCCAAAGAGUGCACGCCCACAAAGCCAAGGUAGCUUUAGUAAAGUGCCGGGACUUGCACUGGGCCAUGAUGGCACAUCGGGACCAGAGAGACGUGAGCUUGAGUUCCCUACGGAUGUUAAUUGUGACUGAUGGAGCUAAUCCCUGGUCUGUGUCAUCCUGUGAUGCCUUCCUGAGUCUGUUCCAAAGCCAUGGACUGAAACCUGAGGCCAUCUGUCCCUGUGCUACAUCUGCCGAAGCCAUGACUGUAGCAAUCCGCAGGCCUGGAGUACCCGGGGCUCCUUUGCCAGGAAGAGCCAUUCUGUCGAUGAAUGGAUUGAGCUAUGGAGUAAUACGAGUCAAUACUGAAGAUAAGAACUCAGCCCUGACAGUCCAGGAUGUGGGACAUGUUAUGCCUGGGGGAAUGAUGUGCAUCGUGAAACCAGAUGGACCUCCCCAUCUCUGCAAGACAGAUGAAAUUGGAGAAAUUUGUGUUAGCUCCAGAACCGGGGGCAUGAUGUACUUUGGGCUUGCUGGUGUGACAAAAAAUACAUUUGAGGUGAUUCCAGUGAAUUCUGCAGGCUCUCCUGUUGGGGACGUGCCAUUUAUCCGUUCAGGGUUGCUUGGUUUUGUAGGGCCAGGUAGUUUGGUAUUCGUGGUUGGAAAAAUGGAUGGAUUGCUGAUGGUUAGUGGUCGAAGACAUAAUGCUGAUGACAUUGUCGCUACUGGAUUGGCUGUUGAAUCAAUAAAGACUGUUUAUAGAGGAAGAAUUGCUGUGUUUUCUGUGUCUGUAUUUUAUGAUGAGCGCAUCGUGGUGGUGGCGGAACAGAGGCCCGAUGCUUCUGAAGAAGACAGUUUCCAGUGGAUGAGCCGCGUGCUGCAGGCAAUCGACAGCAUUCAUCAAGUAGGAGUUUAUUGUCUUGCUCUGGUGCCUGCCAAUACAUUGCCAAAAACUCCACUAGGAGGGAUCCAUAUAUCUCAGACGAAACAGCUCUUUCUGGAGGGAUCUCUGCAUCCUUGCAAUAUCCUCAUGUGCCCACAUACGUGUGUGACAAAUUUGCCAAAGCCUCGGCAAAAGCAACCAGGUGUUGGCCCUGCUUCUGUGAUGGUUGGGAAUCUGGUGGCCGGAAAACGCAUUGCACAAGCUGCAGGCAGGGAUUUGGGGCAAAUUGAAGAGAACGACCUGGUGAGGAAGCACCAGUUUCUGGCAGAGAUUUUACAGUGGCGAGCCCAGGCAACUCCUGACCACGUACUCUUCAUGCUGUUAAAUGCCAAGGGAACGACCGUGUGCACAGCCAGCUGCCUUCAGCUCCACAAGCGAGCCGAGAGAAUUGCAGCAGUUCUUGGUGAUAAGGGACAUCUAAAUGCAGGAGACAAUGUGGUGUUGCUCUAUCCACCUGGCAUUGAGUUGAUUGCUGCGUUCUAUGGCUGCCUGUACGCGGGGUGUAUACCCGUGACUGUGCGACCACCACAUGCUCAGAACCUCACAGCCACGCUGCCCACUGUGCGCAUGAUUGUUGACGUCAGCAAAGCAGCCUGUAUCCUCACCACCCAGACCCUAAUGCGAUUGCUGAGGUCCAGAGAGGCGGCCGCAGCUGUGGAUGUGAAAACCUGGCCUACCAUCAUUGACACAGAUGAUUUGCCCAGGAAAAGGCUGCCUCAGCUAUAUAAGCCUCCCACACCCGAGAUGUUGGCCUAUCUUGACUUUAGUGUUUCCACAACUGGCAUGCUUACAGGAGUUAAGAUGUCCCACUCUGCAGUCAACGCUCUGUGCAGAGCCAUCAAGCUCCAGUGUGAGUUGUAUUCUUCUCGGCAGAUCGCCAUCUGCCUUGACCCUUACUGUGGACUUGGCUUUGCACUCUGGUGUCUCUGCAGUGUGUAUUCAGGCCACCAGUCCAUCUUAAUUCCUCCCAUGGAGUUGGAAAACAACCUCUUCCUCUGGCUUGCCACCGUCAACCAGUACAAAAUACGGGAUACUUUCUGCUCCUAUUCAGUAAUGGAGCUUUGCACUAAAGGGCUCGGAAACCAAGUGGAGGUGCUAAAGACCAGGGGCAUCAAUCUCUCCUGCAUCCGGACUUGCGUGGUGGUGGCAGAGGAACGGCCCCGCAUCGCCCUCCAGCAGUCCUUCUCCAAGCUCUUCAAGGACAUCGGCCUGUCGCCUCGGGCUGUCAGCACCACGUUUGGGUCGAGAGUCAACCUGGCGAUAUGUUUACAGGGAACCUCAGGGCCUGAUCCAACUACGGUGUACGUAGAUCUGAAGUCCCUGAGACACGACAGGGUUCGUCUGGUGGAGCGCGGCGCCCCCCAGAGUCUGCUUCUCUCAGAAUCUGGAAAGAUUUUACCCGGAGUGAAAGUGGUUAUCGUCAAUCCCGAGACCAAAGGCCCUGUCGGAGACUCUCACCUGGGAGAGAUCUGGGUCAACAGUCCGCACACAGCCAGUGGCUACUACACCAUCUACGACAGUGAGACUCUUCAAGCAGACCAUUUCAACACUCGCCUGAGCUUUGGGGAUGCUGCCCAGACGCUCUGGGCUCGGACAGGCUACCUGGGCUUUGUCCGCAGGACGGAGCUCACAGCAGCCACCGGAGAGCGACAUGACGCGCUGUACGUGGUGGGAGCUCUGGACGAAACACUGGAGCUGCGGGGCCUGAGGUACCACCCCAUCGACAUCGAGACUUCAGUGUCGCGGAUCCACAGGAGCAUCGCCGAAUGUGCUGUGUUCACGUGGACCAACCUGCUUGUCGUGGUCGUGGAGCUGUGUGGGUCUGAGCAGGAGGCCCUGGAUCUGGUUCCCCUGGUGACCAAUGUGGUGCUGGAAGAGCAUUACCUCAUCGUGGGCGUGGUGGUGGUAGUGGACCCGGGGGUCAUCCCCAUCAACUCCCGAGGAGAGAAGCAGCGGAUGCACCUCCGCGACAGCUUCCUGGCUGACCAGCUGGACCCCAUCUACGUGGCGUACAACAUGUAGCCAGCUGGCGGGGCCCACGGGGACCCUGGACUGGGAGUCAGUUUCCACCCGAGGGGAAGUCGGCUACAGUGGCUGCGCUGGCUCCUCUGUCUCAUCCCGUGGGACUCCGCGCACAGAGGACUUGCGUGGUGGCAAAUGACAGCGCCAGACGGGCGUGCAGCGAGGACAUGCAUGUGGCGUUGUUCUCAUCUUGUUGUACAUACUUGUAUUUUUAUCUAAUGCCGUUUUAGACUUUUGUAAGGGAGUUUACUGAAUUCAUGUGAAGGGGUAGUCGGAGUUACAGUUCUCGCUCUGUACUGUAUUUUGCCAUUUUACUGUAGCUAGACAUUCUGCGGGUUUGUUAACCUGAAACUACUCAGCUUUCUUUCAGGCAAGUCACAAGCGAAUCCGAUAACCCACUGAAUAUGAGAGUUGCUUUAUAUAUAUAAUUCCUGACUGCUAAACAUUCUGACCAGUAUUCUAAAGAUGUAAAUAAGAAUACCAUAACUCAGCUAAAGAAUUGGCUUGUAUGAUUACAACAACCAAAGUAGGACCAUUUGUGCUUUGAGAGAAUUUCAGUACUCUCUCAGCACAGUGUAACUGAUUACGUAACUAAGCGCAAACUGUUUGCAGGUUUCACUGUACAUCAUUGUACUCCUCCUUGGCUGGUGUGUUUUAGAAACUAAAGCUGCCUGCAUUUGUUUUUGGAGCUUGCAUUCCCGGAAUCAGCUUAAGCUUCUAAGAAUUCAGCCUGUUUUAGUAAGCUGAAAAUCUCAGUUUAAAAAUCAAAACGUUCAGAACAAGCAGCAAAGAUUCAUCAGAUCCCACCGAGUUCUGGCCCCACUGUCGAAACUGUCGUUCAGCUUUCCAGCGACUGCGUAAGAAGCUAGCUUUUCCCCCUUCUGCAGGCCCACUGGAAGCUGUAGCUACAGCGUAUCCACAUAGCUGCUCUCUUCCAAAACCGCAGAGUGUCCUCUGUUCUCCAGGUCACAAGGGCAGGGAGUCCAAAACCCAGAAUGAAAGGCUGGGAAGGCAGUGGGAUCAGCUGUCACACAGAACCGCACGGCCGCACGACGCACGUCUCAGAACUUAGCAGUGUGGGCUGUCAGGAUCGCCAGGCCUCUGCUGAGACGGGGAAGUCUGGGUAUGCAAGAAGCUCUGGAGAAGCAACCAUGGCACCCGGGCCCAGCAGACCGAGGCACGGCACUGGCCCCGGCCUCUGGCUCAGUGUCCUGCCUUGGCUCUGAUACUUCAUAUAUUUGAAUAUAGUUGAAUUUUAUUAUUUUUUUCUUACAGAAAUAUUUUUUAAAAUUAAAAAGCUCAAAAGUGAAAAGAAUUAACUUGUUAGAUCAGAAUGGUUCUCUUUAACCUACUCUGGUCUGUUGUGUAAAUAUUUAUUUAGACUAUUUUAAUAAUACAUAUUAUUUACCCCACUGUAACAUCAUGUAAACUAAGUAUGUUUUUAAGCAAUUUUUAAGACUUGUAAUUACCCUGCAAAUAGGUUUAUAAUGCAAUGAGCAGACCCUUUGCCAUGGCAGCCUUCCCUGGCUGCCUUCACACAGUCUCAUGCCUCAUGGCCACUUCAUGACUCCCUUCCCACAAUCCUCUUUUCCUCCUAAUCCAGUCUCCACAAGGGGCAGACAUUAAGACAUUUUCCCAGUUCCAGAUCUCUUUUUCAGCAUUUUAGAAUGGAAUUAACUUACACACGAUGAGGAAUGUACAGGGGGAAAAAAAGCACUUACAUGGGGACAAGUGAGAAAUCCCAGUGAUUUGCAGAGAACAGCCUGGAAAGUAAUUUUCUGAAAGCAAUUUUUAAUGAGUCACUCAGCAAAGCAGGGGAUCCUGAGGAUCAAAUGGUUCUAUCUCAUCAUCACCAAGGUCUGAGGAAGAGUUGCAGAUUCUGUCCCCUGGCAACUUUGGGGGUAGGCACCCAGAGAUGCACCAUCCACCAUAAUACUAUGGGAGCCAUGCCUGCAAGUGCAAACUUGCCAGUAACCACCUUUUUAGAUGUAAAGAGAAACUAGUGAUAAUGGUUUUAAUAUAUUUUAUUUAACCCAGUGUCAAAAAUAUUAUUUCCACAUAAAGUCAUUAUAAAAAUUAUUAACAAGAUAUUUUGCAUUCUUUUUUUUUAAAUGUACAUAGUAAGUCUUUCAAACCCAGCGUCAGCUUCUCAACUUGAGCUCUCCAUAGUUCAAGUCUUAGAAGCCAGAUGCCACAGUGGCCGCCAUGUUGGAAAGCACAGCUCUGCACUCGUUCCUUUGAGAGACUCCACUGUCUCAGAGAGUGGCCAAUUCCCUGCUGCUUGGGGGCUGACACCUAAUUUUACAGUUCCUCAUUGGUUUUUAUAUUUUUUGCUAUGGUUUUGCACAUUCCCUUAAGCCAAAAUGUGCUAGUGCAAGAAAGCUGGGAGCUGUUCCUGGCCAGCUUCCCCCGUUACUCUGGUGGGAGAGGACAGCACAGGCAUUAGCUCAGACAGGGCUUGUACAGUUCUAAGGCCCUCUCUGUUGACCCCCAGCUUGGCUGGGAAAUCCAUGCUCUUGCCCUUUCUACUAAGUGGAGCCCUUGUAGUAGAACUGAUUCUUAAGGCAGCCCAGAAGGCCAUUGUCGGUUUAAAAUAAAAUUAAAACACACACACAGCCUUUCUAAUCCUCUGGAACAGGUUCUGUCUCUGAAUUUUUUAUGCCUGUGGGAAAAAAGAAACAAAAUGAACUGCAAGCCUCCAUGUCCGUCAAGAGAAAUCCGUUGGUCCACAAGCUUCUGAACUCUUGCUGACUCAGCAGCAGUGACCGAAUGGAUCUGCAAGGGACUGCCUCAGCCUCAGGAAAAUUCCUAGGCCCUGGGACUUCCCAGAGCUGCACCAGUGCUGUGGCCUGGCUCCCUGAGCCCAGGGUGGCCUGCAGCCUGCAGCUGGCCCUGCUUCUCAAAGGGCCUGAGCUUCCCCUCUGUAGCUGUGCUGCCUGCCUAAGUCAUCUGGGUGUGUCUCCCUCAGCCCCCGGGCAAUGCUUGCUUAAUGCUUUUGUUGAAUCAACAAAGGGCCUGAGGCCUUAGCUGUUUAUUUAAGGUCUCUGUCCCAGGCAUGGUGCUCAAUAUUUUGGCCAAAUAAAUUACUUUCCUUGAAUAUCCAGGAAUCUUUUAGACUAAAGCAAUGAGGAGUUAUCACCUCACCCUCAAACUCCAACAUGAUCUAUGCCUUAGUGGUUGUUCUUGUUGUCUGCUUUGAUAUAAAAGCGAGAGUAUUUGGAGAAAGAAGCUGCAGUACUCCAAAUACACAAUAGGCCUUUGUCAUUCCUACAUUUCUGGUUUAGGUGUAUGUAAAUGGGCUGUGUUAUUUGUCCAGAGAAAGAGAUUGUAAAGAUACAAGAAUAAUUUUUUAGUCCUAAAUGCCGUUUUGUUUACUUUCUGUCAAGAUACUUACCCAUGUCGAAUUCAAACUACAGUACUGUGUAAUUAUGUAUAAAGUUUUUUUUUUUUUAUUUAUUUGAAAUUAGACUAGAUACACACUUUUUAACAUCUGGCUGGACAGUGUUCUAUUAACUCAUUGAAUGUGUUUCCUUUGUCUUGUGUUAAUAAAUAUUGAUGCCUGA